AUGUGUUGGUGGUUUCGUUUCUCUAUAACGAUUAUUUUAGUACCAGUCAUACUCACAUAUCCGAAUUCUGCCGAAGAACGUCUUUUGUCAUAUAUUUUUGAUGGGUACAAUUCACUUAUUAGACCAGUUCUGAAUGCAUCAUCACCUCCAAUAGAGGUAUUUUUUAGUUUAGCAUUUGUCUUGCUCAUCAAUGUGGAUGAGAAAAACCAAAUUAUGCAAACUAACGUUUGGCCUACAAUGAAAUGGAACGACUAUCAAAUGCAAUGGGAUCCUAGAGAAUUUGAUGGAAUCAAAACUAUCCGUGUUCCACCAGAUAAAGUUUGGCUUCCAGACAUUGUCUUGUUCAACAACGCUGACGGUAACUAUCUAGUCUCUUUCUAUUCCAAUGUAGUCGUUGAGCAUACUGGUGACAUGCUUUGGGUUCCGCCGGCAGUUUAUAAAAGCAGCUGUCUGAUUGAUGUUGAAUUUUUCCCGUUUGAUGAGCAAGUGUGCUCACUCACUUUUGGCUCGUGGACUUUUCGAAAGGACGAGUUGCAGUUGUCCUAUCUCUCCGGCAAACGACAUGUGGAAUUAAACGACUAUUUACCAUCGGGAGUUUGGGAUUUAAUGGAUGCUCCAGGACUGUUGAUAGAUGAAAGAUCCAAAAUUUCAUAUCAAAUCAAGAUAAGGAGAAAGGCUCUAUUCUACACCGUAAUUCUGAUCAUGCCAACUGUUUUAAUGGCUUUUUUGUCCAUGAUGGUGUUCUAUCUUCCUGCAGAGUCCAGUGAGAAAAUUACUCUGGCAAUCAGUAUUUUGUUGGCUUUAGUGGUUUUCUUGCUUGUUGUGUCAAAGAUCCUACCACCAACAAGCUCAACAAUUCCACUAAUGGCCAAAUAUCUCCUGAUGACAUUCAUAAUGAAUAUGAUCACUAUAAUGUGUCUUCCUGUCCUUUUUGUGAUGCGACGACCGGAGAGCACUGAAAAGGAAUUAGCCAAGAUGAAACGAGAGAAACGUGAGAGGAGAAGCAUGAAAUCCGCACUGAAGACAUUCUUUAAGAGGGCUGAGGCGAAACAAAUUGAUGACCAAUCAAAGCAAGCGUUGAUUAAUAAAGAUAGAACCGGCUCUUCCGAAGAGAAACUUUCAUCUGACGCGAAGAAAGCCAUCGAGGCUAUCGAAUACAUCACCACUCACCUUACACACGACAACGCCUUUAAACGGCAACGUGAAGAAUGGAAGUUUGUCUCUGUGGUGAUUGAUCGAUUACUUCUCUAUCUUUUUUUCGGAGUUACCACAGGUGGAACUAUGGGGAUAUUGUUAUCGGCGCCCAAUGUAUUCGAACAUGUCAACCAAACAGCGGUUAUUGAAAGGUUGAAGCAACAAGCCGCAGAAGAAAUGUUGAAUUCUUGA